CGCUCGGCCGCGGCCCAGCGCCCCCUCCCUCCCGGUACCCUCUCCUCGCGGCCCCGCCGCCCUCGCUCCCUCCCCUCCCCCGGCCCAGCGCAGACUCCCGGCCGCCCCCUCCCCCCGACGCGCACGCCCCGCCUGGCAGCUGGCGCCCCGGGCCUGGGGCCGCCGCGGCGAGAGGGGUUUGCUGGGAGGGCGGGCGCGAGGGAACCAGCGGGGGAGGGAGGAGGGAGCACGGCCGCCCCCCGCGCCCCUCCUCCUCCCCCUCCUCCGAGGCUUGCCGGGCCCUCCUCCCGCCGCCUCCCUCCUCCCUCCUCCCUCCCUCUCUAAGACAUCCCCGCACUGCCCGGCCGCCGCGGCCACCUUCCCUGCCGGAGCUGCAGAUGUGGCGGAGCGGCCGGGCGCCGGGCGGCCGUGCCAGGGGAGCCCGCGCCCCGUGAGCCUCGCGCCCCGGCCCCCGCCCGCCCCGGCCCCUCCCCCGCUCGCUCCCCCGCCGCCCCCCGACCGCCGGAGCCCGCAGCCGGGAGCCCGACCGCCCCCGCCGCCGAGGUUCCUGCCUGAAUCCCAGCUUGGGGGCGCCCCACUGUCUGCAGCCACCUCCGACCCAGCACCCCAUCACCAUGCACUCCUUGGACGAGCCGCUCGACCUGAAGCUGAGCAUCACCAAGCUCCGGGCGGCGAGAGAAAAGCGGGACAGGACGCUGAGCGUGGUCCGGCACCGAGCUCUGCACAGGGAGCUCGGCUUGGUGGAUGGCAGCCCCACCCCGGGCUCUCCAGGCUCCCCACCCUCAGGCUUCCUGCUGAACCCCAAGUUCCCCGAGAAGGUAGAGGGACGUUUUUCGGCAGCCCCUCUGGUGGACCUCAGCUUGUCACCGCCGUCCGGGCUAGACUCUCCCAAUGGCAGCAGCUCGCUGUCCCCUGAGCGCCAGGGCAACGGGGACCUGCCUGCAGUGCCUGCUGCCCCGGACUUCCAGCCACUGCGUUAUCUGGAUGGCGUCCCCAGUUCCUUCCAGUUCUUCCUGCCUCUGGGCUCUGGGGGGGCCCUGCACCUGCCUGCUUCCUCCUUCCUUACCGCCCCCAAGGACAAGUGCCUCUCACCAGAACUCCCCCUGCCCAAACAGCUGGUGUGUCGCUGGGCCAAGUGUAACCAGCUCUUCGAGCUCCUCCAAGACCUGGUGGAUCACGUCAACGACCACCACGUCAAGCCCGAGAAGGACGCGGGGUACUGCUGCCACUGGGAGGGCUGUGCCCGCCACGGCCGAGGCUUCAAUGCCAGGUACAAGAUGCUCAUCCACAUCCGCACACACACCAACGAGAAGCCACACCGCUGCCCGACCUGCAGCAAAAGCUUCUCCCGCCUGGAGAAUCUGAAGAUCCACAACCGCUCGCACACAGGUGAGAAGCCCUACGUCUGCCCCUACGAGGGCUGCAACAAGCGCUACUCCAACUCCAGCGACCGCUUCAAGCACACGCGCACCCACUAUGUGGACAAGCCCUACUACUGCAAGAUGCCCGGCUGCCACAAGCGCUACACGGACCCCAGCUCGCUGCGCAAGCACAUCAAGGCCCACGGCCACUUCGUGUCUCCCGAGCAGCAAGAGCUCCUGCAACUGCGCCCGCCCCCGAAACCACCACUGCCCACCCCUGACGGCAGCCCCUACGUCAGCGGAGCCCAGAUCAUCAUCCCCAACCCUGCUGCCCUCUUCGGAGGCCCCGGCCUGCCCGGCCUGCCCCUGCCCCUGGCCCCCGGCCCCCUUGACCUCAGUGCCCUAGCCUGUGGCAAUGGCGGGGGUGGUGGGGGGCCGGGCGGCAUGGGCCCUGGGCUGCCAGGCCCUGUCUUGCCCCUCAAUCUGGCUAAGAACCCGCUGCUGCCCUCACCCUUUGGGGCUGGUGGACUGGGCCUGCCUGUGGUCUCCCUCCUCGCUGGCUCCGCUGGCGGCAAGGCUGAGGGGGAGAAGGGGCGUGGGGCAGUGCCAGCCAGGUCUCUGGGCAUGGAGGGCCGCAAGACGCCCCUGGAGAGGACUGAGAGCAGCCGCUCCCGGCCAAGCCCUGACGGACUCCCCCUGCUGCCAGGCACUGCGCUGGACCUGUCCACAGGCGUCAGCUCGGCAGCCAGCAGCCCGGAGGCACUUGCCCCUGGUUGGGUGGUCAUUCCGCCGGGCUCUGUGCUGCUCAAGCCAGCCGUGGUGAACUGAACCUGCCUGCUGGACGGCUACCCGCAGCCCGGCUAGCAGCUCCCGACCCUGCCCCUGACGAACGGAAACUUUUCUGCGAAAUAGCAAUAAUGUCCUCCUGCCCCCGGGGCCUGGUUGGCUGGGUCCCCCAGGCAGACCCAGCCCCAGACAAGCUGGGCAGCAAGGAUGGUGCUAGAAGGUCAUUGGUGGUGUCCCAGGCUCCGGAACAGGGGCUGGUGCUGCCAGCCAGGGUGAGCCGUGCUCCUGGGUGCUAAGGCCUCGCUCGCCUCUGGCCCUCCCCCUGCCCUGUCCUCCACUUAGCCCUCAGUCUCCCAGGCUACCCUCCCCCACCCCAUGCCUCCCUCAUCCAUUCACCAGCCUGGGUAGGUCAUCCUCCCUCCCUGCCUUGCCUACCUGCCAGCCAUGUCCCCAUCCUGCCUAGCCUCUCUGGGCCCCUGUUUUUGGGGCUUCUUGGACCCCUUUCCCUCUGGCCCACCCUCCAGAGGGAGAGCAAGACAGACGCAGGCAAAGCCACAGGAAGAAGCCACCUUAUCCCUAUGACAAGGCGCCUCCAAACUCAGAGAGGGAGGCCCGCUCUGGCAGCUGCCCCUCACUACUAGCCCGUCCAAAACCAGCCAGCACUACCUGAGGCUCAGCCCCUUCCCUGGGCUGGAUGCUCUCCACAGUGAGGGGACUGCCGACCACUCACCUGCCCCUUCACUGCUGGGCCUUCUCCCUCUACUUUUAGGGAGCCCUGGGAGCGUGGGCAGUGGAGCCCUGAGAGAGGAGGGGAGAUGCCCGGACGCUGGGCCCUCGCUUGGCUCAGGGAACAGGUGGGGCAGGGCUUGGCUUGGGGUAGUGCUGCUCUGCACAAGGGACUAUGGGGGUUUGCAGGGUGUCAGGCGGUGGGAGGCUGGCCAGGGACAACCCCCGGCUGGGACCCAGCUCCUACUCUGGGGGUGUCAAGUCACAGCCAAGCACAUAGUGGGGGUAGGGCUCCGGGCCAGUGCUGGGCACGGGAGCCUCCCAGAGGCCACGGGCUGAACGCCCCGGGCUUGAGGGUGGGGAAGCAAACAAGGACGGCCAAAGGGGCGCCCAGGCCUCUGCCUGGGCAGGGGAAGCUAGAGGAAGGAGCCUGGAUUGAAGACAUGGUUGUGUCUGCUGGUUACUUCCCAGAGCCUCUGUCUUUGAGGUGUCCCCACCCCUGCCCACCACGUCCCCCACGGCACAGGCCAGAAUAAGCUAAGGAUGCUGGUGCUCCAUGUGCCCCACAGCCCACUGCCCGAUCCCACCAGGCCUCGGGGCCCCGGCAGAUGCUUCCCCGCACCCUGAGCCCUCGAUGCUCCCUCUCUGGAGGUGGCCUGGUCCGGCCUGGGAGGCACUGGCCUAGCAGCCACAUGACCAAGCACUCCGUUUCCCCUGCUGUAGAACUGGAGGCUGCGGGCCAGCAGGGGGUGCUCAGCAGCCCUGCGGACUCUACCCUCUCCCAACUGCCCUUCUGUCCUAGAGGGGGUGCCCUAACAGGGCCUGGCAGUGCUGGCUCCGCCCCUUGAAGGGGCUGUGAGCAGAACAGGAGGGAGCUGGUCUCCUUUCCUCAGGCCCCACCCAGGACCCUGGCCUUAAGUCCCCAGUUGGGGGCCAGGGCUCUGAGACUCAAGCCCAGGGAGCAGAGGAACAGGGCACUGGAAGGUGACGUUAGCUCAGCAUGUGACUUGGUGAUAGACCAGGCUCGAAAGGGCUGGUGUACGUGUUGUUGUUGUGGGUUUGCUGCACAUUCCAGGAUAUCAGUAUUUUAACAGGUUCUAAGUGCCUUUCUAUCGUAGCUUACGUUUUUCCUCCUCUUGGCUCCAUUGCUGUUAGCAUAGAGUUUAAAAAAAAAAAAAAAGAGAUAAGCUAAUGACUAUAACAAUAUAUUCCUCCAUGUGAGAGGAAGUUUAUAAAGAAACAAUAAAAGUGAGUUGCAAAGAUGG